AUGCGCUGUAAUGUCGCGCGCGGAAAUAUCGUGUCACGAUUAAAAGAAAUCAAAGAUUUGAAAACAGAAGCUAUUAUUCGUUUGGCUAGAUUUGUUAUUCAAAAUAAUUCUUUCUCUUAUAAUGGUCAAUAUUAUCAUCAAGUAAGAGGAGGAGCAAUGGGCUCUCCUCUUACAUUAACUAUUGCUAACUGUUAUAUGUUCUUUUUCGAACAAGAUAUUAUUCAUCAAAUUCAUAACAGUUUUGGUUUAUAUUUUCAUUCUAUUGAUGAUAUUUUUAUUAUAAUUAAUUGGCCACAACGUCAUUUACUUCAACAAAUUGAUCGAUGGAAUAAAUUCGAUAAGAAUAUUAUUCUUAAAGCUAAUACUAAGGAUCAAAUUAGUUUUCUGGAUUUACAAAUUAUAAAUCAAGACGGCAAUUUAAUGACUUCUGUUUAUCAUAAACCAUCCUAUGAACCAUAUUAUUUACCAUUUCAUAGCGUUCAUCCAUUACAUACGAAACAGAACAUACCAUUUACAAUGUUACUUAGAGCAAUUCGGUAUUGUUCCACAUUUCAGGAUUAUGCAAAUGAACGUGGUAAAUUAAGAAUGGAUCUUUUACUUAAUAAAUAUCCAGUAAAAUUUAUUGAUCAACAAUUUAAUCGUCUACUACAAAAAUUUAAUAUUAAUGAACCAUUGACCAAUUAUAAUUAUAAAACAUUACGAGAGAGAGUUCUAAAUACUCCUUAUGAAGAAAAAGUACCAACAAUAAAUUAUGAAAAGGCGUUAUUCGUUCAUUUUACUUACUGUUCAAAUAUGACAACAUUUCCAAGAAAAUUUCAUUCUCUUCGGAACAAAUAUUUUGAACAGUCUCCAAUCAAUGAAGUCAUUCCAAUUCUUGGUACUCGUAAUGUUAACAAUCUUCAACAACAACUGGUUCAUACACGACACAAUUAA